GCAGCCGCGCCGCGCAGGCAGACCUCGCCAACGCCGUCGGCGGUAUCCCGCUCGCAUGCGCGGCGGCCGCGGACCCGAUCCAGCAGGGCGCCGAGAACCAGGACAAGGUCAUCGAAGCGCUCCAGGCGCGCGCGGUUGCCGCGGAGGCCUGCUUGCAGGUGCACGAGAAGGCCGACCAAGACCUGGACGCGGCGUUCUCGUGGCGCCAGUGCGAGCGGGAGACGGGCCCGGGAUCCCGGCUGGCCGCCUGGCGCCGCUUGUUUGUCGAGGACUGGCUCGCCAACGCUGCUGAUCAGAUGCGCGACCCUGCGACGGCCAACGCUGUCGGGGCGUGCGUGGCGAACCCCAACAACCCCGAGGUCGAGAAGCUCAAGCAAGCCGCUUCCACCGGUGACAAGCUCGUGGCCGCAGUGGCUAAGAAGGCCCUCGGGUUCUUCCUCUGGCUGGAGAACCAAUACGUGCCCUGGGCUACAGCGAAACCAAUAUCGUCGGCCAACAUUGCCGCGCAGAAGGCGGAAAUGAUGCCGAUUGUCUUCGCAACCGUGAAGGCCAUGAAGCUCCAUGCCAAGAAGGCCAUCGCCCGGGUCGAGCUCGAGCACAUCAUGCUGCAUGGACAGAAGGGCUUCCAAUUGGACUGGUCUCUGGCCCUGUCCAGGCUGGCGGCCGCCCCGUUCGCCGUCUCUGCCGGGCCUCCCUUGGCAGCCAUCGCCGCCGACCCAUCCG